GCCCACACACACCCGCACUUCUGCAGGAGGGAGAGAAGAAGCAAACAAGGGCAAACCAUCAUCCUUCCGAAAAGGAUCGAGUGUCCAGGGAGGCACGUCGUCUUCGUCUGCCUUGGUGGGGCCGUCGGCCGGUCAGAAGGAGGAGCAGAAAAACUGCGCCCUUCGCCGUCAGAGCCCAUAGUGCGGCGUCCCACCAGGGCCCACUGUUUCAGAAGCAGCCGGCUGCCCCCCCCCUGCCCUGCUUCAACCCUCAUAAACCCUAGCGCCACCGCUCACCGCCGCCCAUUCGUCUUCUCCCUCGCUCCUCCCUCUCUCUAUCAAGCCGCCUGCUACUCGAUCUGAUAACCGAGAAGAUGUCUUCAUCCCUCCGCCCUUUCCCUCCCGCAAUCUCCUCCCCCCACUCAGCCGCCCUGCGGAGGGCGUCCGUCUUCCUCCCCACGAGGGCGAGGAGGAGCGUCGUGAGGAUGGGGCUGAGGGAGGACGGCCCUUCCGUAGCGGUCGUCGGCGUCACCGGCGCCGUCGGCCAGGAGUUCCUCCAGGUCCUAUCCGACAGGGACUUCCCCUACCGAUCCAUCUCCAUGCUCGCCAGCAAGCGAUCCGCCGGCAAGGAGAUGCCUUUCGAGGGAAAGGAGUACGUCGUGGAGGAGCUCACAGAGGACAGCUUUAAUGGCAUCGACAUUGCUCUGUUCAGUGCUGGCGGUUCCAUAAGUAAAAAAUUUGGGCCCGUAGCUGCCUCUCAAGGAUCAAUUGUAGUUGAUAAUAGCUCUGCUUUCCGGAUGGAUGAGGGAAUUCCACUUGUCAUCCCUGAGGUUAAUCCAGAAGCGAUGGCUCAUAUAAAAGUCGGUACGGGAAAAGGUGCAAUUAUUGCAAAUCCUAAUUGUUCCACAAUAAUAUGCUUGAUGGCUGCAACUCCUCUUCAUCGGCAUUCUAAGGUAUUACGUAUGGUAGUAAGCACAUACCAAGCAGCCAGUGGUGCUGGGGCAGCAGCUAUGGAAGAACUUGAACUACAAACUCGUGAGGUCUUGGAAGGGAAGCAGCCAACCUGCAAAAUUUUCAAGCAGCAGUAUGCUUUCAAUCUUUUCUCUCACAAUGCCCCGAUUCUCUCAAAUGGUUAUAAUGAAGAAGAAAUGAAGAUGGUAAAGGAGACUCGGAAAAUAUGGAAUGAUCCCAAUGUGAUGAUAACAGCCACAUGUAUUCGAGUUCCUGUAAUGCGUGCACAUGCUGAGAGUGUCAACCUGCAAUUUGAGAAGCCACUUGAUGAGAACACAGCAAAAGAAAUUCUUAGCAAUGCUCCUGGAGUGGUGGUUAUCGAUGAUCGGGCCUCCAAUUACUUCCCUACUCCUCUAGAGGUGUCAAGCAAAGAUGAUGUUGCAGUUGGUCGGAUCCGUCGUGAUCUUUCCCAAGAUGGGGAUUAUGGGCUGGAUAUUUUUGUCUGUGGCGAUCAGAUUCGAAAGGGAGCUGCCCUUAACGCCGUUCAAAUUGCAGAGAAAUUAUUAUAGGCUAUAGCUAGCUGAAUUCCUUACGCCUCCUUGAAAAAUAAAGCCCAGUUUUGUUUCUCAUGCACAUGCAGAUAGUAUGAAAGUAGUUAAUAGGCGACUUGUUUGGAAAGCAAGUCCAGUUUUGCCUGUAGAGCAGCAACUGAUUUUAGAUGUCUGUACAAUGGUAUUCGUAUGGACUUGCCGUUAUCAUCUACCAUGGCUGAACUUUGUUUCAUCAACGUUUCAAUCAUGUAAUACUAACUAGUUAUUUAUGCAUUAGGUGCUUGCUUGUACUUGCACAAUGUGAAAGGUUUUGAGCUUCUCUAUUCA